AUGGGACAAAGAGAACUCGCCCCUAAGGAUGUAGCAGCAAAAAUGAAUGAAAAGAUUGAUCUCGUAGGAGCUCGGCUAAAAGCAGCGCAAGAUCGACAAAAGUCCUAUGCAGACAAAAGAAGGCGUCCAAUCGAAUUCCAAGUGGGGGACCAAGUAUUGCUAAAGGUCUCCCCAUGGAAAGGCGUAAUUCGGUGCCGUAGGCGGGGAAAGUUGGGCCCUCGAUAUAUUGGGCCAUUCAAAAUUUUCGCUCGUAUUGUAGAAGUAGCAUAUCGGUUGGAAUUGCCACCCACAUUAGAUGACAUUCAUAACGUCUUUCAUGUGUCACAGUUACGGAAGUGCCUUGCGGAUGAAACAUCUUACAUACUACUUGAAGACAUCGAAGUGGACAAGAGAAUGAACUAUAUCGAAAGGCCGAUAACUAUUAAAGAUUCCAAGGUACAGACCCUUCGUAAUAAGAAGAUUAAGCAAGUAUUAGCUCAAUGGCAACACAAGAAAUGGACGAAUCUCACAUGGGAACCAGAAGAUGAAAUGAGAAAGUACUACCCGACUUUAUUCGAACUGAAAAUGGUAACUAGCAAUUAUAGCUUAAAUUUUAAAGAAGUAGACUAUUAG